AUGCCUGUCACCGAACUCUCCCAGCAUCCCCUCACCAACCUCGGCCCACUGACGACGGUCUUCACCGCACCCUCAGCAUGUGCCACCCGCUCCCCGGACCUCUACCUAGCCUUCGAGUCCGCAUUCACAGACCGUGUACAGCCUUUCUUCCCAAAAAGAUGCGAAUACAACCCGCUAAGCAACUGUUUUCCAUCCGGCAGCGCUCUCGACGCGUCCUACACGUCCGCCUCGUCCCUGGGCUUCCCCGGCGGCCAGGCCAUCGCAUACUUUUCCCCCGCGAGCAUCUGUCCGGAGGCGUACACCACUGCGGGCGUGGCCGCCAAAAACAGCAACGGCGAGGUCAGCUCCGCGGGCGUGUUCUCUCCGCCGGUGGUGGAAGUCCCAAUCGGGUCUCAGCCUGAAGGAAGGGGCCCAUUGGCCGGCAUUAUUGGAAGCAACCCGAUUCUGAACGUUCUUACAGAGGCACUCGAUAAUGGCGAGAUUGCUGUCAUCUGUUGUCCUCGGGAUUACAUUGUAGGCUAUCAAGGUGGUUGCUUUUCCGAGGUACCAGAAUCGGUGUAUGGUGAAAAGGAAAUGUGUCAGAGGCAAGUCGGGAGGGAGCAUUACACCUGGGCCAACGCGACCAUCACGUACAAUGAUACCGUAGUCACGGGUUCCGUCUUCUCGUACACGGCAACCAGCAAUGCGGUCAGCACGCAGAUCACGACAUUCACCGACGAUGAUUCCGGGCCUUUUCAGCUCGUCGCCUCGAGACCGGCCGUUACCUUGAUCUUCAAUACCGUGGAGGCAACUGUAACAGGAGCCGGUGGCAGUGAUGGUGGUAGCGGCACCGCUGCCCCAACAGAGACCUCUCCAAGCGCGGCUUAUGGCUGGGGAAUGACAAGCUCCGGACGUGGUGUUGGCCUUUUGACGACCGUGUGGGCGCUUGCGGCGUUUGCUGGGGCUGCGCUUGCGGUGCCUUUUUGA